AUGAUAGAACGGAACCAUCUGGAGGAAGGCUGCACGGCUCGUCCUCACGUCCGACAACAACCAUGGAUUGAGACUCCCUUGGUGGAAUCGACGGUCUUGUCCAAGAUUGCUGGCUGCCGCAUCUUCCUCAAGCUCGAAAAUCUGCAGCCCUCGUCGUCGUUCAAGUCCCGAGGCAUCGGCAACCUCAUGCUCCAGUCCAUUGCAGACCGAGCGUCGUCGUCGUCGUCUCGGUCGGCCGAUGACAGACCCCUACAUUUCUACUCCUCCUCCGGAGGGAAUGCCGGGCUCGCAUGCGUCACGGCCGCCACAUCACUCGGCUACGCCUCAUCCGUCGUGGUGCCGCUCAGCACUGACGACGCGACGAUCGCGAAACUCCGCGCCGCGGGCGCCAGCGAGGUCGUCUCCCACGGCGACAGCUGGUUCUUCGCCGACCAGUAUCUCCGCGAGACGGUCAUCCCCGCGGCCGAAGCGAGGGGCGAGCAAGGCGUGUACAUCCACCCGUUCGACCACCCGGCCAUCUGGGCCGGCGCGGGCACCAUGGUCGAGGAGAUCCAGAGGCAGAUGCCCGACGGCGAGAGACCCGACGCGAUCGUCUGCUCCGUCGGUGGAGGCGGACUCUUCUCCGGCGUCAUGAACGGUUUAGAGCGUGUGGGUUGGACCAACGAUGUGCGUGUCCUGCCCGUUGAGACCCGCGGCGCCGACUCCCUCGCCCAGUCGCUACAGCAGAACCGACUCGUCACAUUACAGGGCAUUACCUCCGUGGCGACGUCGCUGGGGGCGAUCCGCGUGGCGGAGAACGCCUUCACCCAGGCCCAACGCCCGUCCGUCACGUCCGUGGUGCUCGACGAUGCCGAGGCAUGUGCCGCGUGCUGGCGCUUCCUGGACGACGAGAGAAUGCUCGUCGAACCGGCCUGCGGGGCGAGCAUUGCUCUGGCGUACGACGGCCGGUUGAAGCACUACCUGAAGGACAUCACGGCGGGGAGUAAAGUCGUGAUCGUGGUCUGCGGGGGGAGCAAGAUCUCGUUGGAUGUCCUGAACAAGUAUAGAGACACGUACGGGGCGAGGAGUGAGGAGUUGGCCAGGCAGUACGUCUAG